AUGUUAAAAAGACUGCUUGAGGACACACAAGAUGGUAAAGAAGAUUUCAAAAAAAGAACGUGUCAUGGUAUCCAGAAUGAACCUGUUCAUUUAGAAAGCGCUAAUACCCCAACGACACACCAGACCUCCAAAAAUCAUUGUGAAUCAACUCGCAAUGAAGAUGACGUUAACCAAAAUGCAAAUGAAGAUAUUUCUAACCACAAUCUUGUAUUUAAUAUUGUGCCUUCCCAAGAAAUCACACCUAAAGAUCACCAGAAAGCUGAACAGGAGGAACCCCUUCAUGUGGAUGAAAACUUGCCUCCAAAUGAACAACUUCAUGCAGAAAGAAGAAAUUCCAGGUCAUCUACCUCAUGA